AUGGACGGGCCACUUGAAUCGAUCGAUGGCGGAAAGCCCUGGUAUUACUGCCCCAAGCCCAUGGUCCUUGGCGAAGGCCCAAUCUAUCGAGCCAGCGAUUCAACUCUGCAUUGGGUAGACUGCCUCUCUGAGCCUGCAGAGCUUCAAAUCCUCAAGGUAGACCCUCAUACUGGCGAUGCCGUUGGAGACGCGCGUGUCCUUCCCCUUGAAGACAGCGUGACAGUCGCAUUCUUCCGCAAAAACCGACCCGGCAGUUACAUUGCCGCCUACUACCAGGGUGUAUGUUUCUUGGACGAGGCGACGGGGAAAAUAGAGGUCGUGAAAGAAAUUAUCCCCACUGAUCAACGGGAUGAGCUCCGCUUCAAUGACGGCGGCAUCGAUGCAAAGGGCCGGUUUUGGCUGGCUGAGAUUGAUAAGCGGGCGAUGGCAUUCGGACCUAACCAACUUCCCGGUAGCUAUGGAACUCCGAAAGGCCGGCUGUGGAGGUAUGAUCCGGACGGUAGCUUGCAUCUGAUGAUUCCUGAGGGAGUGGUUUGCGGGAAUGGGCUUGCAUGGAGUCCAGACAAUACCAUUAUGUACUUCAAUGACUCGGUUGCGAUGAUGGUCUUCGCCUUCGACUUUGACCUAGAAACUGGCAAUAUCUCAAACAAACGGCUUCUUGUCGAUAGACGCUCGUCGUACGGGGAGCCAGAUGGAAUGGUGGUUGAUUCCGAGGGAAAUCUCUGGAUUGCGGUCUUCGCAUCCCACCGAAUUAUGGUUUUUAGUCCGGAAGGCAAGCACCUGAAAGAUAUCGUGGUGACGGCCAAGAACCCGGCCUGCACCACGUGGGGAGGAGUAAAUCACGAUAUUAUCUUCAUGGCCAGUGGGAAAGAUCGGUCUGCCAAUCCAGAGCCUAAUGAUGAGGGUGGGCAUAUGUUCAAAUAUCAUCCUCGCGAUGCUCGGGGGUAUCCGAAAUAUGAAUUCGCAGGCUAG